ACCUGCUCUUUGUAACGGAGUAUUAGAGCUGAAAACAGCGUCUAGGAGUUUCUGUUUUCUCUCGUUUUCCUCUUUUGAACGACAAAGUUCCUCCUCGUACUCUGCUAUCGUCGUUUCAAACAGCCCAAAUAUCUCUUCAGCAGCCGCAGUUAGUCGCUGCUUCACCAGCGAUCGCAACUUUUGGGAUUUAGACAUUUUCACACAAUAACAGAAACCUUCUUUGUACACAAACUCCGUAAAAAACACUGUUUACUCCUUUUAAAAUCGACUAGAUGCCAGAGACGAGAGAAAAAAGCCUCUGACAGCGGACACCAUAGCUUCCGGGACUGAUAAAAACAUGGACUCUGAGUAUAUUAAAAGACAUUUGGGGAAAUGUCUGGCAGAAGGACUCGCUGAAGUGGCCGAGCAGCGUCCUGUGAACCCCAUCCAGUUUCUCUCCCACUGGCUCUACAAGUACAACUCAAAUGUUAAAUAUGAGACAGAGCAAAAGGCCAAAUUGGCACUCCUGGAGGAGGAGCGGGCGAAGGCCGGAGAGGAGGCGCUGCACCAGGAGAAGCUGAGGGAGGAGCAGCGUAAGAUCAGUGAGGCCUUGGAAGAGUCUAAAAAGGUGGUUGUUGAAGCUGACGACACUGAAUCUGAGCAGACUGAACCGUUAAACUCAACUCCCAGCCAAGCUGACGUCUUAAAAACAGACAAAACAGAAGAUCCAGACGAUAAACAAAGCCCUCGUGCUGCUCGAGACACAGAGAAGGCUGAUGAAGAUGGAACUGGUAAGUCGGAGUCGGCACCACAGAGUGAAGAUCUUAAACCAGAAGAGAAGUUUUCUACUGAAGAGACCGAACAGGAGACACGAAAGUCUGUCUCUCCGCCUCUUCAGGACGAGGACAAGGAGGCAGACAGGCAGCAAACAGCCGAGGCCACUGAUAGCUCGGCUCCAGAUGGUGAUGCAGCAGCCGAGGGGACAGAGGAGACGGAAAACUCUCCUCCUGACACGGAGCACAUCCAGGAGCAGGAAAACCCUUCAAGUGAAAUGACAAAAAUGAUGAAUGAUGAAGAGGAAGAAAAAGAAGAAGAAGGCCAGGCGUGAUGAAGUCUGUCUGAUAAUUCACCUCUUUUGCACAGUUUUAAAUCAUUUUAUAGUUUAAUAAAGAUAUAUACAUGUAGUUUGAUGUGCAAAUAUAAAACAUGCAAAAAUAAACUUUCAUCACUUUUAUUUGAAUAUAUUUGGAAAUAUAUAAGACUUGUUGCUUUGUAUAAUAGACUUAAAUUAAAUAUGUCAGAUGAUCUUGAAAAACAGGAUAAGAUAAAAUGUUACUUUAUUAGUCCCACAUUGUUACAGCAGCAAGGGUGUACAGCAAAAAAAUAGAAAAAAGCAUCAAUAAAAUAACAAUAAAAAGUAAUCAAGCAGUGUUUAUAAGAAAUUAACAAAAAAGUAUAAUCAGUUUAAGCAAGAAGAAAUAUAAAUUAGGAACAAUACAUAAAACAUAGACAGACUGAAAACAGUUGAAAUGGCAUCAUUACACAGAUUAAUUUUGGAAAUAAAGUUACAUCACUUGUUUAACUGUGUGAUCUUGCAACAUUAUUUCUGCCAUGUGUGAUAUGAUGGCAGAAUGACAGGGCAGAUUUACUUCAGUGACCUUUGAACUGCAGGAGGAGCACACACUGUUGCAUA